AUGGAUGCGGAUGCUCUACAGAAACUUAUUCAUUUGCUCCAGGCCACAGAUGAUCCAUUAAUUCAAGAGCAAGCUUUAAUCACUCUCAGCAACAGUGCUGCCUUCUCUGUAAAUCAAGAUAUAAUCCGAAAUUUGGAUGGCCUUUGUAUUAUUGGAGGAAUGCUCUCAGACUGUGUUCCCAAAGUUAAAGAAAAAGCACUAAAUGCACUUAAUAAUUUAAGUAUGAAUAUUAAAAAUCAGGAGGAGAUACAGGUAUAUAUUACACAAGUGUGUAGCAACAUUGAGUCAGCUCCCCUGAACUCUGAUCUGCAGCUAGCUGGGCUCAGAUUGUUGACAAACAUGUCUGUUACCAGUGACUACCACCAUAAGAUGAUAAAUUCAAUUCCAUGCUUUCUUCGUUUGCUUUCAGAAGGAACUGAAAGAACACAGAUUCAAGUUUUGAAAGUACUUGUGAACUUAUCUGCAAACCCAGCCAUGACAAGACAUCUUCUCAGAGCUCAAGUAAGGUUCUUGCUAUUGCAUUGUAUUUUUAGCAUUUGUACAUGU